AUGAGAAGAAUAAAUCAAGCCUCGGAUAACCCUAAUCUUAAUUGUAAUCAUACAUUUCUGGAAUCUGGUCCAGCUCGGCCCCAGACUGAUCAUACUCCAGAUACAAACAACUACUCUGGGGAUAAUAGACAAGACUUUUUGCAGCCGUGGACUGAUUCACAAGCAUCGUAUGCAGCGACCAGCCCAGUUGUAGCAACUAGACAGCGUAAAAAAUGGACAUCAGAAAUUAACGAAUUCUUAUUACGCACAUACCUACAUAUCACUAAAUUAGAAACACACAACACCCUUUUCCGAAAACGUUUACGUGAAAAGUUUGUAGAAAAAUAUCCGCAAAUGAACGCGUCAGAGCAAAACUUGUCUGAUCAAUUAAGAGCAAUACGCAGACAUGAUUACAUCACAGAAGCAAGAAGGGAAGAAAUUACUCAGGAAGUGGCGAGAGAGCUCAGUAGCAACUCUGGAGCCCCAGCAAGCCCUGUGCAACCAAACAAAUCACCACAGGAUGGUAGUAUGGAUGCAGAGAACGAACAGAAUGUCCCUUUAAUUAUUGAGCCCGUCAACGACAAUGCAGAGCCAAUAGAUUUUGAAUGCGCAUAUAAUAGUUUUCAAAAAAAUUAUGCGAAAUAUAGGGGAAUGCCUGCGAUGAGUCUGCCGCACUUGCCGAAACUAAACACCUCUAGAAAACUCAGAAAAUUAGUUGACUAUUACAACGCUGUUGUAUUACCGGAAACACUGAACGAAGAGAUUAGUCUCGAAGAACUUAUAAUAGUCAUAUACUGCGUUGCUAAAACUAUAUCUGAAAUUAUCACUAACAAACAUUUUGAGAACAAUCAACACAAUCAGAAGCCAAAACACUCCAGAUCAACUGACAAGAGUAAUAAACCGAAGUGGUUGAUAAGACUCGAUAAGAACAUUGAAGAGCACCGCCGAAAAAUAGGAAAAAUAACAGCAUUGUGCUCCCAAUCCGAUCUGCACAAGGCUGCAAUUGCUGCGGAUGAUAAUUACAUCCCACUUCGGAUGAAUCAAUCCUACGAAAUCAGGAACGCAACCACAAUAGAUGAAAAGAUCCAAAGAUGGUCUGAAAUGGCUGAAAAGACUUGUCGACCACAUGUUGACCAAAAACUGUCGCACUUAUGGCGUACCAACAGGUCGAUAUUUGCUGAAACGGAGGGUACCAUUUUCGCCAUACAAGAUGGUGUGAUUCCAACUAGAAAUUUAGAUCAUUAA